AUGAAUCGAGCUGAACUACUCAGGAGAUUUCAAGUUACUUGUGGCUAUACUUUCAAGAACAUCCGGCUUCUUGAGGAAGCUCUUACACACGAUAGUAAUCGGGUGAAUGAUAAUAGUCUGCCUACAUACCAACGGCUUGAAUUUCUUGGUGACAGUGUAUUGAAUUUAGUCGUCAGUGAAUAUCUUUUUCAUAAUUAUCCUGGUGCUGACGAAGGAGAAUUAUCAAAAAAACGAGAAAAGCUUACGGAUUCAACGAAACAAGCACAAAUUGCUGAAAAGCUUAAACUCAAGGAUCAUAUUGUAUUUGGGCAGGGCGUACAAAGAGAUAUAUAUGCUGGACAUCAUGAUUUUGUCGAAUCAAUAAUUGGCGCUGUUUAUAUUGAUAGUGGUAUGGAUGAAUCAAAAAAAUUAAUUCGUCGACUUUGGGAACUUACUGAUAGUUACACUCCGAAUAAUGCUGGUGGUUAUUGUGUAAUAUCAUAG